AUGUCUUUCAGCGACUCGGAGAUCGAGCUGGUGAGCUCGCAGCUGGCGCUGGGCAACGACGACAUUCCCGAGGAACCAGACAUGCUCUUCACCGACGACGCCGGUGACGGCCAGCCAUUCGCUCCACCCCCACGAAUCGCCGCACGCUUCUACAGACACUCCAACAACCGCCGGAAGUCGUCGGCGACGUCCUCCCGCCGCAACUCGCUCUCGUCCACCCACUCGCACACCUCGAGCCGCUCCGCGAUCCGCAACAGCUGCCAGAGCCACCACAUUGCCCAGCACCUCCGACGCGUGUCCAUCCUCGAGACCCGCAAAGCACGCCUGGCCGACAGAGCCGCCCAUGCCGAACAGGUCCGUCUACGCGCCGCAGCGGCCAAGGCCACGCCACGUGUGUCGAACAGCGAAGAGAAAGCGUUGGCCGCCAAGGAAGCUCGCGAGCGCCACCUUGCACAGGUGGCGGCGUCCUGCGCGGAAGAAGUGCGUAGAGCCAAGAAGAUUGCCGAGGACAUGAAGGAACGCAAGGCCGCCGAAGAGCGCAGGUACCGCCUCGAGAUGGAGGAGAAGCACGCAGAGGCAGAGAGGAGGCGCCUCGAGUACAAACGCAGCCCUCGCAGACCGAGAACCGCCAGCUCGCCGCCCGCUGAUGCGAAGAAAGCAACUCAGCAGCCACCUGCCCCGACCUCUGAAGACGCCGCCAAGCGCAUCCAAUCUGCAUGGAGGGCGAGAAGUAGGAAGAAUAUCGUCGAUGUCUGGUUGGAAAUGGGGCUCUCCAUCGAGAAGAUCAGCAGCACCAGUUUCGAAGAUAUCACCACUAUGCUUGCGGAUGAGAAGCUUCUGAAGACGACAGAGAAGGUCAUGGAGUUGUUUGUCCUGCUGCCAGAUCCGGAUCCAGCUGCCCGCAGCACAGCUGUCCGGACCUUUCUUUCCUCGUAUCUCAUCCUAGGCCAUCCCACAAAUGUGCUGAGUCGCGAUGGCGAUCAAGAGCAAGACCUGAUCACCAAGGCCAAGGACUUGGUCCUUUCCUUCGAAUCAGCAUUAGGAAAGUUGACGACUUUCAACUACUAUACCCCUUCGCCCACCAGGACCGAGACGGUUCUGUUGGCCCACAGCGCCUUCGUUACAGCCUUCAAUGAUUGGAAAGCUCGCGAUUCGUCGGCGCUUGUCGAAACUAUGGUCGCCUCCUUCGUCAGUCUCGAUGAGAUCUGGCAGAGCGUCAAGGACGCAACAGUAGAAGAGGUUGCGAACGAAUACAGGACUGGCAUUCGGGACAAUCAAGCUAUCUUGCUGAGUAGGAUCAAGAAGCUGGCAGGACCGGACAAGGCAUUGACAUUGAUUCGAAAGGCUAUUCGCGAGGGCCGCAGGUCGAGGCCUAAGAAGCGACCUGCUGGAGAGACUAUUCGACCACGAGUCGCCGUCGACGUGACUUCCGGUUCACCCAUCGAAGGCGAGCGUGCUGCUAUGCAAGCUGAGGCCGCUUCUGAGCUGGCAGCCUCUGGUCAAGCGGCACGUCUUGGCUCCGCAACACAAGGCCACCAGGCUCAGUCGCUGUCAAAGGUCUUUACGGUUGUCCCUGACAACCGCGUGCUCGUGCAUGAGCUGUCCAUCGACAAGGAGUAUCGCAUCGAUGCGUCGCCAACCGCUGGUCUGAGAGAUGCCCUUAACCGCGAGCUGUGCGACGCCAUGCGCAAGGGCUUCGAGGACGGCGAUAGCGCGCAAUGGACAGCCGCCAUGGCAGAGAACAUACGCGCAAAGCUUUUGCGCUUAUUGAAGGCAGGCAACUCAAUGCACACUCUCAUCUCAGAGACCCUAGACCCGGACCACAUCAACAAGCAGUGUAGUCAAGGGCUCUUCUCGUACGAGAGGUUUUUUGGUUUCAUCGCCAAUAUCCUACCCAAGCUCUGUGCUCCGUUCCGAGAUGCUCAAGUCCAAUCUUUGGCAGACGAGCUGCAGGAGGAAGGCGAGCUUCCCGAAAUGGUCGAGAAACUUUUCAAGUUGUUGCACGUGAUCGAUCUCCUAUCAUUGGAUUAUUCGAAUUUCCUUCUGAUGAACGCAGCGCCAACGUUGAUCAAGGAAGCUACUGGGUACGAACAACGUAUGUUCGCACAAGAUCUGGAGGAAGGCAAAAUCACUUUAGAUCGAACUCGGCGCUGGUGGCGUAGUGCGGCUAUCAACAUGCACACUGAAGCAGAUCGACGCGACCCAUGGGCCCAGCCCAACCCUAUGAACCGACCAACAGCGCAUAAGAUUUAUGCACGUGGUCUUAUUGACCUCGCGAUAUCCGUGCCACCGCUACGAGAUUCCGAGCUUCCAGAAACUCUCGGACUUGACCGCGACCGUAUCUCGCGCAUCCGUGAAGACGCUCUGCGCAUCACUACCAUUGGCGGUAUCCUUCUCACAGCGAAAAACCUACUCAAGCGCGACGUCCGCUCGCAAUGGAAGCCUCAGGCAGCUCGCAUGUGGGAGGUUCUAAAGGACGGUUACUUGAAGGAUCCUUCGACACCCUCCAAGAUCGCCUCGUUACUCGAGUCUUCACAUAACAUGCCGCCUUCCACCCGCGCGCAACUUUCCUCUACGGUCACGCGUCUUUUGACUCAAGCCGAGUCCGGCAGGCUCUCCGAUCCCGUUACCAAAGUAUUGUUCCAGCGCCUCAAGACACACAUUUUCAACCGCGUAUCAGCUAGCAGCUCUGGCGAACGUGUCAAGGCUGCUAGCACAGCCACUGAAGGGCUUGCAACCACUGGUCUUGCAGAAUUCGUGCCCCAGGUUGCUGACAUCUGCGAGCAAUUGAGCAAGGUCGGUGAAGUUGAUCGCAAGGCGCAUGGCAAGUGGUAUGAGGAGAUUGCAGAGCAGAUGGAGAAUGAGCCGUUGGAAGGCGACGAAUUAAGCAGGAGCGAAAGUGGCGGGUCUGCUGCCUCAGGAUCGUCUGUGUGA